AUGUCGCAGAAUUUUACUCAGAUUCGGAAACAGCUCGCAAAUUUAGAAAGUGAGGAGACGUCGUUACUACGCCUCCGUUUGUUGAGAGCUCUUCAAAUUGAGUCAAUGAGAUUGAACUCACUGAAGGAACGAUUACAGUCAUCACGUAAAAGAGGUCCCCGCAGGCGUUUUGUUAGGCGUGUUAUUAAAAAGUAGAG